AUGAAAGAGGAAACAUAGAGACCUCCUGAGUCUAAAAAGAUUAAAAUAGAAAAGUCUUAUAAUCUUUUAGAGCCUGAAGAACUUCAGAAGCUUGGUAUUAGAGGAACUAGACUCGAAAUAGCAUUAAUGCUGAGAUCAAAACCAUUUGAUGUGGCUAUGAUUAUUUUGAUAAUCUUCUACACUUUGCUAAUUUUUAUCUUUUUCGCCUUCGUGGACACAUUCUUCAACGAUGAAAAAAGUCAAAAUGUUUUCUAUAUUAUUGAACUCGUUAUAUUAGGCAUAUUUUGUAUAGAAAUAGUAUUCCAUCUUAUUGGUUAUGGUAUGUUAUAUCUCAAAGAUAGCUGGAAUAUAUUUGACAUCGUCAUCAUUAUUCUAAGCAUUAUCUUCGUAUUUCUUGAUAUUUUCGUCGAUAACCCUGCACUUUAAGGAUUUUUAAAAAUUCGAAGCGUUUUCAGAGUCCUAAGAAUAUUUCUUCUAGUUAGAAAAUUAAGUGCCUUGAAAUCAAAAAGAGAAUAGCACAAGAGGACAAUUUUAAAAAUGGGAUUUGAUAUGAGAUCUCCUCUUGAAAAAGUUCUAGAGAUUUUAAACGAGUUACGAGAUUAGAUGGACAUGAAUGACACUAGGAUUAUCCAAGAUUUAAAUUAUUGCAUAAAAAUAAUAGCAUCUAAUAAACUAUAUGAGGUGAAUAUAGAUUACGACUAAAAUCUAAACAACACUCAAAGUAGCAAAGAAGUUUAGAUGCUCUUGAAUACUUAUUCUAGAGGUGCUACAGAGGAGAAAAAGCUUGUUUUACCCCCUUUAGUUAGAAGAUAGAGUUUAUUGCAAUUUGAUCCAAUGAACGUUUCUGAUACAAAGAAUGAGCAGAAAAAAUUCUAUGUAACUGUUGACAAAGUUGAAAAUACCUUAGAGUUUAGCGAUAAGACAAAGAAAGAGUUUGAAAAAAUAGCCACUUUAGACUUUAAUAUUUUUACUGUACAAAAUUUUACACUUCAAAAUGAAUUGGUUACAAUCACAACUUACUUGCUAGCUCAAGAAAACAUGUUCCAUUCUCUUAAAAUUGAUCUUGAGACAUUUAUAAACUUCAUAGAACACAUUCAAUAAGGAUACAAAGACAUCACAUACCAUAACAAGACUCAUGGAGCUGAUUUAUGCCAGUCAUUUUAUUAUUUUUCUGUAACUUGCGGUUUAAAAGAGAAAUGCAAAAUAGAUAAUUUAGAUUUUAUGGCAUUACUUGUAGCUGGAUCAUGCCACGAUCAUGAGCAUCCAGGUUUAAACAAUAUCUACCUUACAGAAACCAGAGAUCCUAUAGCUAUUAGAUAUAAUGAUGUAUCCGUCUUAGAAAAUCAUCAUGUUGCCAGUUCAUUUGCGACAAUGCUAGAACCUCAGAGCAACUUUAUGGAGAAUUUUAGCAAAGAAUAAUAUAAAAGAGCAAGGGCAGUCAUGAUAGGUGCAAUAUUAAAUACUGAUAUGUCACAGCACUUUUCUGAAUUAGGAAAAUUUAAGGCGAGAAUUUAAUCCCCAGAAUUUGAACCUGCUGGCUCUGACAAAGAUUUUGUCAUGUACGAAACUUUUCAUUUAGCUGAUAUUUCUAAUGCUACAAAACAAUGGGAUGUAUGUUUAAAUUGGACCGAACUAUUAUUCGUUGAAUUCUUCCAUUAAGGAGAUCUUGAGAGAAAUGCGGGAAGUAAAAUCAGCUAUUUGAUGGACAGAUCUAUCGUAAAUAUUGCCAAAUCCUAGAUUGGAUAUUAUGAUUUCAUCAUUGUUCCAUUUAUUCAGGCUAUGAAUCAGGUAAUUAGCAUAGAAUAGAAUAUUCAAAACGUUGAAGAUAAUAAGACUAAAUGGUAAGAAAGAUUCGAUGAAUAUGAGGAUAGGAUGAAUAAGGAGAAAGAAAAUCUCACCAGCAUUACAAAAGAUUUGAAUGCUAUAAAAAUAAGGCGUUGA